GCAAGACCAUCUCUAGUUGCAUAACUUGAAACUUAGAAUCUGAAAAAAUAAUUACUAAUCUGCUACAGCAACAGAUACAAAUAGAAAACAAUAUAUCCAAAAGGAAUUCUGCGUCUCUAUCUACAGUAAUUCUUCAAUAAAUCAACAAAAAAACUAUGUCGUUUGUGACAUGCAGCACUAGGGUUCGAAUUGCACGUGCCAUCGGAAAGAGAUUUUCUGCUGCAAUCAAAUCAACAAGCCGGUCCCAGACGAAAGCGACCAACCUGCGGUAUAUUUCGUCGACUUCGACCCUUCACGAUGGCGAAUUGGCCGAAGUAUGCAAUGCCAACGUAGUUUCGAGUCCUUUUCCUCCAAUCAAUCCAGAAUCUUGGGACAUGCCAUUGCCAGAUUUUCUCAUGUCGUCGUGGAAGAAGAAAAGUGAAGUAGCUUCGGGUACUGCAAAUCUGCUUAACGACAACCUUGCUAUAUUCGACGGCAGCACCGGCAUGAAACGGACAUUCGCAGAUUACUACAAGGACACGAGCGGAAUCGCUGGAUCUCUCCGAUACGAUUUCGAUGUCGAUGAAACCAGUUGCGUUUGUUUGUUUGCUCCAAAUCACGUCGACUAUUUGCCGGUCACCCUCGCGGUUGGCUUAACGGGUGCCAAAAUCACACCUGUGAAUCCACUCUACAAAAGCAAUGAACUACUAGUUGUUUUGGACAAGAGCAGGACUUCCGUCCUGAUUGCACACAAAAGCAAUCUAGAUGUUGCACUAGAGGCUGCAAAAGAUGCAAAGCACGUCAAACAUAUUCUUGUAAUGACCGAAGACGGCGAGAGUGCUCAGGGUGGUAUUGAGAGCUUGGAAUCCAUCAAGCGACAUAGCCAGAGCUUCGAUAAGACGAGUGAUUGCUACGACUGUGCUGCAACGACACACCCCUACUUGUUGCCUUAUUCUUCCGGAACAACUGGUCUCCCUAAAGGCGUUUGUCUAUCGCAUGCAAAUCUCACUGCGAAUAUUCUUCAGAUGGAGGAGGUAGAAGGUCCGUACGUGGGGCCAGAAGAUGGUUUGUUUUCUCCGUUACCAUUUUUUCAUAUUUACGGAAUGGUAGUUUCCAUGAUGUAUUACGGGUGGAAGGAUCUUCCCAUCCUCACAAUCUCAGGACGUUUCGAUUUCGAACUAAUGUUAGAGAUGAUACAAAAGUAUCGACCCUCAAAUGCUCACCUGGUCCCGCCGAUAAUUCUUGCGCUGGGAAAAAGCCCCCUGGUAGAUCAAUACGAUUUGUCCUCGUUGCGAACAAUUAUGUCUGCGGCCUCACCGCUGGGAUCUGAUACAGAAAGCGCCGUUCAGAAGCGACUCGGCUGUCAGCUCAAGCAGGCGUGGGGGAUGAGUGAACUAAGCCCGAUUGGAACGAUGAACGCCUCGGCGCCAGACAUUCCGGUCGGAAGUGUAGGACCGUUGGUAUCGAACACAUUCGGUAAGGUGUUGGACAGUGAUGGUAGAUCUCUGGGGCCCAACAAAGAAGGAGAACUUAUCAUCAAGGGCCCACAAGUCAUGAUGGGAUAUCUCGAUGAGCCCGAAAAAACCAAAGAAUGUCUUAGCAGCACGGGGUGGCUUCGAACCGGUGACCUAGCUUACUACGACGAAGAUGGUUAUUUCUUCAUUACCGAUCGCAUCAAGGAACUCAUUAAAACACGAGGCUUUCAGGUAGCUCCAGCGGAGCUCGAAGAUUUGUUGCUGGGGCACGAAGACGUGAAUGAUGUCGCUGUGAUUCAGAUUCCGGACGAAGAAAGUGGGGAGUUACCACGAGCGUAUAUUGUUUUGAAGGAUGGAUCCGACGAGGAAAAACACGAGGAGACGAAGAGCGAUAUAUAUGAAUGGGUGAAAGAAAGAGUAGCUCCUUACAAACGAUUGGAUGGUGGCAUAGUCUUCGUGGAUUCGAUACCGAAGUCCGCCAGCGGUAAGAUUCUUCGACGCAUUCUAAGAGACGAGCUCGCAGAACAAAUGAAGGAAUAAACCAUCGUACAAAGCGGCUGUCUCUCCGGGAGAAACAUGAUUGUUUUUACACUGGUCAUAGUUGUUUUGUAAUAAAAAAGUAACAGCUAC